AUGACAGCCUUCGUGACUCCCACCGGCCACUACAAGUACCAGAUGAUGCUGUUUGGCCUGAACGAGACCGACCAUCGUCAGCAUGUAGCGCUUGUGUUGGAAAAGCUGAGGGAAUACCACCUGUACCUCAAGACUGAGAAGUGUACCCUCCAUCAGACAUCCCUCCAAUUCCUUGGUUACAUCAUCAGCCCAGAAGGCAUUCGGAUGGACGAGGGAAAGGUAACAGCAGUACGAUCCUGGCCCGCUCCAACCACCAUCAAAGAACUCCAGUGCUUCCUAGGUUUUGCCAACUUCUACCACCAUUUCAUAAAGAACUACAGUUCCCUCACAUCUCCGCUGACCUCACUUCUCAGAUCCAAGCCCAAAUCUCUCUCCCGGAACCCCGAAGCCUCACAUGCCUUCCAACUCCUAAAGGAUGCCUUCACCUCCGCUCCACUCCUCGUACACCCAGAUCCUAAUAAACCAUUUACCACUGAGGUAGACGCCUCCACCAACAGCGUAGGAAUUUGA